AUGACCCACUGCGCUUCGGCAGCAAAAGCGGCGACCGGCGCGGUCAGGAGGCUGCCUAACGAGGAACCACAAGAGCCUAGACAAACAGAAGAAGAAAGAAGGCAUUCACCUGUAGAACUUGCAGAAACGAAUGAUGAAACAAGGGACGACGAGGGAAAUCGACUUGGAAGAGAUUACCAGGAGCUACCCAGACUCGUUGACGACGACGAUAUGCUGGAACUGAUCGACGAAUUUUAUGAAGAGUAG